CGUCCGGCGAACUGACUGCCAUUAAACCGCCUAUCGACAAUAUACGCUACGAUCUGGAUCGGACGGAGAAGUUGUUCGAUGAGGUGAGGGACCGACGACCUGCCCUCUAUAUUAGAACACGGCGGAGGUGGCCAAGGCAAACGCAAGCAUCCUCCCAGAUUUCUCCCUCUCCUCGCGUCUCACCCUCUGCGUUUCUCUCUCUCUCGCGCGCCAAGGUAUUGAUUGCAAAAGACUCGACCUUUGAGGUUGUGCUGGUUAUUCGGUUUGGAUGUCCGGCGGAUUUUAGCUUGCAGAACAUUGUGAGGAGCUAGUCAAGGAAGUUUGUCCGGCCCACCCAAAGUCAAGAGCCAACUUUCAUGUCAGAUCUCAACGUACAGAUUCCAACUGCCUUUGAUCCAUUUGCUGAGGCAAAUGCUGACGACUCUGGUACUGGAACUAAGGAGUAUGUGCAUGUACGCAUCCAGCAGCGUAACGGAAGAAAGAGCUUGACUACUGUGCAGGGUCUAAGGAAAGAAUUCAACUACCACAAGAUUCUUAAAGAUCUGAAAAAAGAAUUCUGCUGCAAUGGUACCGUCGUCCAGGAUCCUGAACUAGGCCAGGUUAUUCAGCUGCAAGGCGAUCAGCGUAAGAAUGUCUCGAACUUUUUAAUUCAGGCUGGUAUAGUGAAGAAAGAACGCAUCAAGAUUCACGGUUUCUGAAGACUAUAUGCAUGCAUCUGCAAGUCGUGUGAAAGUAUAUAUCUUUUCUGUAUUCGUUAUAUAAAGAGUGCACGCGGUGACCAUAUAAAGAAGCUUGUGAAGGGUAACCAGUAGCCCUCCUUUGUUUAAUUUCUACUGCCCGAUGCGACUUGCUGGUUGCGUCCGUGUGUCUUGUGACCUUAACUUAUUAUGGAUAUAUAGGCCAUCACAUGAAGUGAUGAAACCCCAUUUAGUAUC